CUGGUAGAAGUCACCAUCUUAGGCUAGGCUAUGGAGUUGUAAGUUGGGGACCAGGGGUUUGUCCUGAUGAGAGGCAGUCAAAGCUUCCACAGCAAGGGUCUGACGAAGGACUAAGACCUCCCAGGUGCCCUCUCAAGGCCCUGCUCGCCUCAAGAAUGCUUACUGGUCACCUCGAGGCUAAGGAGUCAGCUGAAACAAAUCAUGUUAGAGGACCAGAGUCAGGGAGGAGGAGGGCCCAACAAUGAGAAGAAGAAGAUGGAGGCCAAAGCCCAGGUCCCUGGGGAGGACAGCAAGACUGAUGAGGUUGUGGGGCUGCAGAAGCAGAUCUCUGACCUUGGGACAGAACUCACAAGACAGUCAUCAUGGUGGUGCGUAGCUCACAAAGACCUUCAGAGUCAGAUCGAUGCUCUGAUAAAGGAGAACCAGGAGAUCCGUGCAGAACUGGAGACCUUGAAGAAGCAGGACUCGGAGGCCCCAAAAGCCCCUACAUCCUCAUCAUCCCCGCCAACAGCGACCAACACUCUGCCAGUGUACAUACGGAUAGAGGGGAUGGAUUCUGAGAAAACAACAUCAUGGGAUGAAAGAGAUGACGCGCCUUCUGGAAGUCCUCAAAACGGGAGUACAAUGGCCACCGGAGGAACGGACUCUCUGGAGGAAAGACUGUCUUUUACAUCUUUAGAUGAAAAGGUUAUACACAUGUCUUCCAAAUUUCUGCAAAGAGGCUUUGGCAGACUGUCACCAGAACCACUUUCUGACAGCACAUUCCUGGACACAGAGUCACCGGCUGAUAUCUGGUCUUCCAAUCCAGACACUUCGGAAGGUGAGAUUCUCCUGCAGGCCCGAGCAAGCAGGGUCCUCCCUUGUUUUCCCCCGAAUACAGUGUGGCUGCAGAAUAUUCCAGCAAAGUCAAGAGUUCCUAAAGAAGUACAGCAAGCCUCGGACACUACAAAGGAAGAUGAGUCACAGGAAAAGCGACACUCAAACGGCAAGAUUUAUUAUUAUGCGGACGCUCAGACAACGCACACAACCUACCCAGAUGGUGUCGAAGUUGUGCAGUUUCCUAACAAGUGGACUGAAAAAUUCUACCCGGAUGGCUCCAAGGAAACCGUGUUUCCUGAUGGGACAGUGAAACAGCUCAAGGAUGGAUGUGAGGAGACUGUGUUCCCCGAUGGGACAUUUGUGACAGUGAAAAGGAAUGGAGACAAAACCAUCAUGUUCAGCAACGGACAGAAAGAAAUCCACACAGCCAGGUUCAAGCGGAGGGAAUUCCCAGAUGGCACCACCAAGACUGUGUACUGCAAUGGCUGCCAGGAAACCAAGUAUGCCUCAGGGAGGAUCAGGGUCAAAGAUGAGACGGGAACUGUCAUCCUGGACUGGAAGUAGUACAUCUAAAGGACUCAAUGCCAGGCAGUAGCUUCAACUUCCAAAUAUAGUUUUGACUAAAAUAGACAAAGCAACUCACAUUGAUAGGUUCCCUCUGACAAUCUUGGAGAUCUCCUUAUGCAUGAGGAGUAAAGAGACAUCCAAAAAUUUGGAAAGAAAGAGACCAUGUAGCCACCAUCUUGGGAGAAAGGUCAGAGAAACAGUAGCCAGAAAUUAGGCCCGGGACAUGGCCUUGUCCAGACCAUGCCUUCUGUCAGAGCCUGGCCCUGGAGUAGGGGGUAUAAGGGAAGCAGCAACAUCACUGCCAGCUAAUUCCUGGGAGCAGCCAUUAACAACAACUGGCCCCACGUCUUGCUUGGCCAACACCUGCCUACCUGCAUCUACUUCUACCCCCUUUAAGAGUCCUUAUAAGUAGGAUCCUGGGGGAUGUAUCUUCACUGGUGCCUGAUGUAUCAAUAAACAUGAUUAACCAUC